GUUACGAAGCGAGACGAGUCAGCGGUAUGACCAGCUGUCGCACGAUAUAUAAAUCAAUAGUCAACCGAGCACAACGGCUUUCAUAUCUCGCGAACAGGUCCCACGGCGCUUAAUUUUCGACAGAUAGGAAGCAUCGCCUAUUCUUAUAAUGCAUGUCACGUCGGCACUCACCGUAGCGGCUGGCUUGGCCAUCGCCAGCUCGUCUGCAAUCGAAGACAGAGCGUCAUGCCCGGACAUUCAUAUCUUUGGCGCACGUGAGUCGACCGUCUCAGCGGGAUAUGGCUCCGCGAAAACGUUCAUCGACCUCAUCAAUGGUGCUUAUCCGGGCUCGACUUCAGAAGCAAUCGUCUAUCCGGCAGCGGGAGGCACAAAUGCAGCGUAUGCGAGCUCCGUCCAGAACGGAACGCAGAGUAUCGCCAACCAGAUCAACUCCUUCAAUGAGAAGUGUCCAUCUGCAAGGCUAGUUGUUAUUGGGUAUUCGCAGGGCGCCCAUAUCGGAGACAAUGCUCUCUGCGGCGGGGGCGAUCCAGGCCAGGGUAUUACAUACACCGACAGCUUGAUCACAUCUGCAGCUGCCACCGCCAUCCAGGCUGUGAUCUGGGCGGGUAAUCCAAGGAACUCGCCAGAGGAGACAUUCCACCACGGCACUUGCACUGCUGGCGGAUUCGACCCACGCCCAUCAGGAUUCUCCUGUCCAGCUUACCAAGCCAAAAUCCGAUCGUACUGCGAUGCUCCAGAUCCGUACUGCUGUGACGGUACCGAUGCAAACACGCACCAAGGCUAUGGCAACGAGUAUGGUCAAGACGCCCUGGCAUUUGUGAAGUCGAAGUUGGGAUAGAUGUACUGCCUGAUAUGUGACUUCCUGAAGACUCGAGAGCCGGCACAUACGUCGCUCCUCGUCGUUCCGUCUUUCCGCAGGUACCGUGGAGAAUCUACCAUGGCAGCGAUGAGUCUGCGCUGACGAGUAUCUGAGUUCCUGCGUCGUACUUGUCACCAGAGCUGCCGUGGCCCGACAUGGCGUAACUUCAUCCGAGGAGCUGGACCUCCCUCGCGAAAUUCGGAGACCUGAGCGCGGGGUGGGUAUAGUUCUGUCAAUUAGCCAAUCCACUUCUGUCAUUCAUUUCCACCCGCUCGCGAAUCUCAGGAGUGUGUAUUAUCGUGUUGGCGUUGCACUCGUUCACGUACGUGGAUUGCACCAGGAGCAUUCGAGGUGUGUACCCAGAGUUCAAAAGCAGUCAUCGACGUCGAGAGGAGGCGCUAACAAGCCUCGCGAAGCGCUCAUGGCCAGCUGAUAUUGCAGGAUAUCCGUUACGACUCGAGCGAUGAUGAUGAAGGGUCGUCUGCGUGCUGGGAUCUGCAGUGAGGAUCAGAUAGACUUUCCCAAAGUUCACCUCACUUGCUUCGGCAGCCUCGGAUUCGUUCCGCAGUUGAGGUUAAAAUCCUUCCUUUUCUUCCACCAUCUUAGCUUGCCAUUCACCACAAUGCAUCAACUUGUCGGGUGACAGCAUCUUCACCGCGUACAGACAGCAAAAUGCUCCAACCAGGAGAGCAGUCAUCGUCGUCGCCGCCGCCAGCGUCGCUACCGUUGCCACCGUCGCCGCUGAGUCACAAGAUGCUGCCGCCGCCGUCGCCAUCGUCGCCACCUCAUCCCAACAUACUGCCACCGCCGUCACUGUCACUACCGUUGCGACCUCAUCACAACAUGCUGCCACCGUCGUCACCACCGUUGCCACCGUCGCCGCCCCAUCACGAGAUGGUGCCACCGCCAUCACAACCUGAAGCCCCGUUCCAGAAGCAGCAGAAGCCACUAUUCCUAAACAUCGCGGCCGAGCUUCGCAAUAGAGUAUAUGCACUAGCGCUCAAACUUGAUGGAGAAAUAGGCUUCAGCUGUUGCAGGGACUGGGAUUCUGGCAAGCUAAGUAUCAAACGCGAUGACAUUGUUCCUUGGCCACACCCUUGGCCACAGUCACACAGGUCAGCUCGCAAGGACGACCCCACCAACCAAAUCGACUUACGCAAACUCGCCGUCGGCCUUCUGGCGGUCUGCCGCCAAAUCAACUUCGAGGCCGCUCCAGUUCUCUAUGGCGCC